CAAUAGAAGGCAUUGUUUGGUUAAUCGCAAAUUCGAAUCUCGAAUCGCUUAGCUCUACGGAAAACUCCUUCUCGAACUGGCUAACUCUCAGGGAAGUGUUGAGGACGCUGAUUCCAGCAAUCGGAAGCUGGUGCUAGCACUGUAUGACGCCUUAAACUCUCGAGACUCCGACGCCGUCGUCAAAAUCGUCGCCGCCGACCUCGAGUGGUGGUUCCACGGUCCACCUUCUCACCAAUUUUUGAUGCGCAUGCUCACCGGCGAUUCCACCGUCGCCGACGACAAUUUCCGAUUCGUUCCGCAAUCAAUUGCCUCCUUCGGCUCCAUCGUCAUCGUCGAAGGCUGCGACACUGCACGCGCCAUUUCCUGGGUUCACGCUUGGACCGUCACGGAUGGGAUAAUUACUCAAAUCAGGGAGUACUUCAACACAUCCCUCACUGUCACACGCAUCGCCGGCACCGACGAGAUCGUUCCGGUCAGUUCCGGCACCGGCCGUUUGCCCUGCGUUUGGGAGAGCAGCGUCUCCGGUCGGGUCGGGAAAUCCGUGCCCGGUUUGGUCUUAGCAAUAUAAAAAUUAAAAUUAAAUAAAAAAUUA